UUCCGGUGAUUGGUGGGCGGAAAUGCGGGUCGUUAAUCAUGAUCAGUGGAACAAACUCAUCAAAGUCAGGUGUACUUAACCGUUUCAGAAUAGACAGGCGCAGCUUUUCUCUCCGUUGAAAGCUUAUCGAUUAUGUGCCCGAGAGGAGAGUAAUCGAGGCAAAUGGACUACCGGCACGCCAACUAACUGGCGUAUGCACUCUCGCGGUGCAUUAAAAACCCGGUUCGGUUUUUAUACGGUAGUGUUAUGCGAUUAUAGAUAGGCCUCCUGUUUUAACAAUAUUAUGCACUCGUUUUCCCGGCGCUGAUGCAGCGUGUAUACACAGUCAGGCAAAGUCAACAUACGACUACUUCUAUUUUGUUUGACAACUGCACAGACUCCUUUAUUCGGGAUCAAGUAAAAAAGUAGGUGCUUUGUUUCAACGCGUAUUGCGCAAGCCAACACUUCCCUGUUCGAACCGAUUCUGGCGAUUUAUGCGGAUUGGAUGUGUCCUUGAUUGUGCUGUGUUACUGAUUUUGCACCGGAGACCGGUUGGCCGAUUUCCAGUUUUUAAAUUUUACGUUGUCGUCUCGUUUAUUCCGAUAGCGAACGCGAGUCUAGUUUAUUAAAUAAGCGAAUGAUCUUCAAUGUAGCGACUGCACAGAAAGUAGAUGCGUCGUUUUUCCCCAUGUUGCGCAAAUACACGCUUCUCUGUUCGAUCCAAAUGCAGACCAUUUUAUGCGCAUUGAACCUGUCCCUGUUGGACAUAGUUUUUUAUGUUUACUAUUGAACUUUUGAACCGCGAACAAAUUGCCGGUUUUUAGUUCUGCGUUGUGAUAAUGCAGCGUUAUAUAGCAAUAUUCGUUGUCCUGCAAAUAGCCGGUAUGCGGUGUAAACGCUUGACCACACUGCACCCGGAUAUCACUGAAUUCCGCACCCUCACGACGACAUUUGCCACAACCAAUCGCACCACGACCCACAGUGUACCCAACACCACGACGAUGACAGCGGCACCCACACCCACCACGACCUUCCCGACCCGGGUCACCCCACCGCCGGGUCCCGGCCAGAAAGAGGUGCGGUUGUGCAUCGCGAUGGAGAAUAAUCCGGCGUUGUUCUAUGAUUAUCUGCGGGUGGCGGCGGCCAUCGAUAUGGGCCUGGAGUAUGCCAACAAGAAUAUCAUGCAGGAUGGGUUUGUUAUUAAAAAGGAGGUAAUGGAUAUCGGUGGCAAGUGUCUGCGGAAGAACGAGGUGGUCACGCAUGCGGCGCUGAAGUUGUUCCUGAAGAAUGUCACGUGUCAUGCGUAUCUUGGUCCAGGUUGCGGUUACAACGCCGACAUCCUGUACAACUUCGUCGAGUACACCCAGACCCCCAUCAUCGCCCUGCCGGCCGCCGGGUCCGCUCUCUCCGCCGAGCGCAACCAGUACCCGCUGCUGAUCCGCUCCAGUUUCGCCCACAAGAACACCAUCAACUUCCUCUUCCGCUUCCUGGACGACAACGACUACCGUCACGUGAUGGUCAUCAUGGAUACCAGCAAUAGUUUCUACGAGCAGAUGAGCGUCACCUUCAGCGCGGCGCUGCGUAAACGCAAAGACCGCUCUGCCGGGUUCAACACCGUCAAUUACCGCAGCGACGCCGCCGAUAACGAUACCAUUGAUGCGGUUCUACGUAACGCCAAUAGCAGCGCUCGCGUGUUUAUUGUGCUGGCCGGUGCCACGGCGUUCCGCGCGUUCAUGAUUGCGGCUGAUCAGGCCGGGAUGACUGAUGGAAACUAUGUGUAUAUCGGGGUGGAGCUGUUCCAGAGCGAUACUUGGGGAGCGUUUACGUGGUCCAUGGGAACGGCACAGGAUCGGGAAGCGAAAAGCGCGUACGGGUCGGUUUUGCUGGUCGCCUUACGUUCUCCUCGUCUGGCGUAUUACGACGAUUUCGCAGCGCAAGUGAAGAAACGCUCCCGGAAAGAUUAUGGUUACACUUUCGGUGGCUUCGAAGAAAUUGACCCGGUAACGAUCAGCGCAUAUGAAUCCGUGCGAAUGUACGCCGACGUUAUCCGAGAGGUCCAGGAUAACCAGGACGACAUCUUCGACGGGAGCAAUAUCGCGUCAGCCUUCCAGAACCGGACGUUUACCAGCCCGCUGUCCGGGGAAGUGGGCAUCGACGCCCAGGGCGACCGGCUGAAUGAUUUCGUCAUGCGGACGUUCGAUAAGAACGGCCGUUUAGCGGAGUUCUAUUUGUAUCGGGCGCUGGAAGAUAAACUGGAGCAGACGGGACCACCGAUCUGGGGCACGCCCGAUGGGCUAUUGCCGCCCGAUGAGCCACGGUGUGGAUAUACCGGCGAUAAUCCUGCUUGCCAGCCAGCAAAAACUCUUAGCGGGGGCCUGUUGGCGGCAGCGGUCGUGGUGCCUCUCCUGGUCUGCAUUGGCCUAGCUGCGUGCCUGGCAGUUUUCGUUGUCCGGAUGCUGCGCAGCCAAUCCGAUCCGAACUGGUGGAAAGUGCAGCAUUCCGAUCUGGAAGUCACCGGUGCUAAUAUCAAUAAAGGCAGCCAAGGAAGCGCCAUUGGCAGUAAAAAGUCCUUCGGCGACGAUGCCGGCUCGGUUGCCCGUAGCGAAGGCACUUCCGCCGGUUUCAGCGUUAUGAUUGGUCGCACGGCGACCUUAAACGGCAACCUGAUCAGUGUGCAUGACGUGUCCGAUAAACGCAAGCGACCAAAUGCAACCAUUAUCAAGGAAAUGAACCAAGUGCGUACGACAACCCAUCAAAAUCUGCAGCGAUUGCUGGGCGCGUCAAUUAAUGACGAGGGCCUGAUCGUUUUCAUUCUGGGCGAACUGUGCCAGAAAGGUUCGCUGACGGAUCUCCUAGAGAAAGAUUCACUGAAGUUGGACUGGUCUUUCAAGAACUCCCUAAUUAAGGACAUCGUUAUGGGAAUGACGUAUCUGCAUAAUUCGUCCAUCGAAUCACAUGGAAACCUGACCGCACACACCUGCUUAGUGGACAGUCGUUUUAUGCUAAAGAUUUCGGACUACGGUUUACCGUCAUUUCGUGACCUUAACGAUCUGAAUCCGCCUACCCUGGAUCAAGACGAAGAACACCGAAAUUUCGGCAACCUUUUGUGGCGUGCCCCGGAAUUCCUCCGUCAGCCGAUGCCAGUGAAGGGUUCGCCAAAAGCCGACGUAUACAGUUUUGGAAUUUUACUGCAGCAAAUUAUUCUGCGGUGUUCGCCGUUCGAUGUGCCCACCGAGACACGGGCGAUGACCAGUUACCAGUCAGCAAAAGACUUGGUCCUUCUGGUAAAGCAAGGCACACAACCGCCUUUUCGCCCGAAAGUGCCAGCUUCCGCGUGUUCCAGCGAACUCUACAAUCUGAUGGAGCGUUGCUGGGAAGAAUACCCCAUCGAACGCCCAACAUUCGCCAAAAUCAAAGACGGUUUGAAGAAGGUCAUCGGCAACUCUGGUGAUAACAUCAUCGACCAUCUCCUGAAGCGGAUGGAACAAUACGCCAGCGAUCUUGAACAGCAGGUUGAGGAGAAGACGGCACAGUUCAUGGAGGAGAAACGCCGGUCGGAAGAACUACUCGGCCAGCUCUUACCGCGUUCGGUGGCGGAAUCGCUCACACGCGGACAAAACGUGGAUCCGGAGCUGUUCGACUGCGUAUCGAUUUACUUUAGCGACAUUGUCGGCUUCACGACGAUUUCGGCCGCCGGGACGCCGAUGGACGUGGUGUCCAUGCUGAAUAACUUGUACACCAUGUUUGAUGGGAUUCUGGAGAAAUUCAGCGCGUACAAAGUGGAAACCAUCGGCGACGCAUACAUGGUGGCGAGUGGCCUCCCGGUCCGCAACGGCAACCGGCACGCCUACGAGAUCGCUAUGAUUUCCUUGACGAUCCGCAAAGAGCUUAACAACUUCCGCAUUCCGCACCAGCCGGAUGACAAGCUGAAGCUGCGCAUCGGGAUGCACUGUGGACCGUGCGUGGCCGGGAUUGUCGGGCUGAAGAUGCCGCGAUAUUGCUUGUUCGGGGACACAGUGGCUGUGGCCCAGAAGAUGGAAUCCAGCGGUGAAGCACUGAAGAUCCAGAUUACGUUUGCGGCCAAGGAACUACUAGAUGAUAUUGGCGGCUUCCAAAUGAUGGAACGUGACCAUCACGUGGAGUUCCAGGGUCGGGAGAUCCGAACAUUUUGGCUGUUAUCCGGCAAAUAGAUCUCCUCUCGGUGCUGGAUUUUGUCAGAGUAUUCACCAUCAGCUGUAGCCCCACACUGCAGUGAUGUAUGAUUUUCCUCCGGUUUCGGUCUUUCGUAAGCGUAUUCUUGCCUUGAUGUUUUGGUGUUUAGAGAAAUUACGAAUUCAUGUCUAUCAUGAGCUCUUGUCUUGGUUGUGUUACUGUCCAGUUUUAAAAUGCCCGAAAACUGUAAUAUGUGCAAUAAGCGGUGAUUU